GCCUUUUAUUCACGGCCCGUCUGCGUGAAAAAAAGCGCGUGUGGCACAGGCGCUUAGUCAACGUGGCGCAGUCCGUGACGUCAGCACUGUGGCAGUCCAGACCAGGAGCGAUCCCGUCACACCCUUGCACCACCAGGUCGGCCCGAUCUCGCAUCUCACCCACAUCUCACCCGCCGAUCGCCCGCUGAUCGCAUCGAUCCGGUCGCAGCAAGCCCGCUCAGCAUCCCAGGUCUCCCUGUCCGCCAUGGAGCUCUGUCGGAUCUGGACCACCCCCGACGAGCUCCAGCGUUAUCUCGUCAAGGAGGUGCCCGCCUUUAUUGCCACGAUCGAGACUCGGAUCACCCCGCUGGUGCCUGAACUUCCGUCGCUGUUUCUGGACCAUGUCUGCCUGCGCACCUCAACACCACAAGAGUAUACCAGGCUCGUCUGGGACCUGCUGCCUCCCAUCGCCACUCUGCUGGUCGAAUCCAUCGUCGGGGGACGCAGCAUUGCCACCUUCAAGCUGAAGACUGCCAUCUUGGCUGGCGAGCGGCUUGUCGAUGUCAUCGAGAUCCCAGCGCCAAAGGCCGGGUCCGCAUAUUCCUCUGGCCUUGAACACGCCGAGUUUGUGGUUCCAGGCAGCUUGGACGACUUUGUGCAUUCACGCCAUCCCGAUCUGGUCUGGGACCUUGGCGGAUACCGCAAGACAUUCAACCGCGAGGCUCGACUUGCCAUCGGGGCUGCAGACGGGCGGGCUGCAUUUUCGGUCAAGUUUCAUGAGAUGCCCCUGGAAACGGUCAUCGAGAUCGAGAAGCGCCAAGGACCACCCUGAACAGACGAAUCUAUUUGGCUUGCGACAGGGUGAUACCGAGUCAGCGAUCGGGCCCGCCCACACUCGCGCUCGGUUCACUCGGCUCACUCGGCUCAUUCGGCUCACUCGGUCGUUGCCUCUCCCAUCACAUCAUGCAUCCAUAUCGCCCCAUGGGUUGGCAGAUCCGCCCCCCUCCCCCUCAAUCUGUCGACAGUUUU